AUGGCUACGGUGCUGUCCCGGGCGCUGAAGCUGCCGGGAAAGAAGAGCCCAGACCUUGGGGAAUACGAUCCCCUCACUCAGGCUGACAGUGAUGAAAGUGAAGAUGACCUUGUACUCAACAUCCAGAAGAAUGGGGGGGUCAAGAAUGGGAAGAGCCCCCCUGAAGAGAUACAGGACCCUGAUUCUGAUGUGGAGGUCGGGAUGACAAAGCAGCACACAUCAGAGAGCACGCCCGAGGGUUAUCCUGCAGAGACAUCUGGGAGUUUGGAGCAGAAGGCUGCUCCCUCCCUCAUGCCAUACCUGCGCACUGCCAUCUUUUUGCUCACUGUGGUGAUCUCGAUGAUUCUUGUGCUGGUGUGCGCAUUUCUAAUUCCCUGUCCCCCUAGAGACUUGCAUAACACCUGGAACCGCAACCUAGGUCAGGGAGCAGGUGGUGUGUUAUCCCCACUGGAACUGUGUGAUGUGAACGGUGAUGGCCUCCCUGACAUCCUCAUUGUCUUCACUGCCUUGAUGAAUGCCAGUGUCAUGGGUGUCUCUAGACCCUCCGUAACUGUGGUGGCACUUUCUGGUAUGAAUGGCAGCACCUUGUGGACCAUCCAGCUUCCAGAGGAAACACAAAGUGUGCAGUGCAAUGGGCUAUCACUGGGGGCAGCUGCAGGGCCUGUCUGCCUUGUUACAGGAACAUCAAAAUUCCUCAGCCUUCUCAGUGCUUCCACAGGCAAGACCAUCUGGACACUGAACCACAUUCACCUUUCAAGUGGGUUCCUGGCUGCACCAGCUGCAACUCUUCCAGAUGUAGAUGGAGAUGGCAUUAGGGAUAUUGUUGUUAUGGCUCUCAAAGAGAAACAGCCUGAUAUGUUUUUCAUCUUGGUAUCAGGAAAGACUGGAACUGCUUUGGGUGGGCCUGUCAAGUACAGCACCAAUGGAGAAGGGAAAGUGAUUGGCCCCCAAGUCCAUAUCACCAGCCGGGGAGCCAUUUACAUUCUGUUUGGUUUUGGUAAUGUUCAAGCAGUUGCCCUGAGGGAUAUCUUUACCCAAGCCAGAAACCGGGACAACUUCCCUGCAAUGCUGCAGCAGGAGGAGCCAGAGUGGGAAAAGCGCAGAUCUGUCAACCUGUCAGAGCUCAUUGACAUUUACAGUGGGGGUGUUGAAUUUCUGCAGACAGUGAAGACACCUGACACAAACUGCAGCAACCUGCUCAUCACAACCAAAGAGAGCUUGAUCCUGCUGAGGGGACAGGACCUUGAGCACCACUGGACCCUGGAACUGCAGAAUAUCAGCAGCCAGCCCGUACCAGGUUACUUUGGUGCUGACCAAACUCUGGACUUCAUGCUGCAGGCACAGACUGGAGAGAGGAACAAAAAGGUGGUGGUGGUAGAUGGCAAAUCGGGCCUCGUUGUUUGGAACCAGGAGCUUCCGUGGCAGAGGCAACAACUCGAUGCACUCUCAGUCAUGACUUUGGACAAGAAGUCUGUUUUUCUAUUCUGGGCCAAUGAAACACAGCCUGUGUUACAAAGUUUGGUGAGCACACAUCCUUUCUUCAUUUUGAGACCUGAGCACCCAGGGCUGCACCACCUCUAUCUCCUCCAUCCUGUUUUUCCUACAGUCCUUUUGGAUCUCACCAAUGCAACGGACAAAGUCAUUGCUUCAGCAGUUGGAAUUAACGAUCUCCAAAAGGAUGCAUUUCACAUCACUGUGACAACAACUGCAACCUCAGAAAAACAGCCAGGAUUUCUCUCAGUCAGCAAGCUGGGCCUGAAGUGGGCCAUGAUGAGUCAAGGUCGAAUGGUGUGGUUAAAGGACAGCAGCACUCCAAAAAUCAGCCGUGGAGAAGUGAGGCGAUUUCUUGCCCGGAUGAAAUUUGCUGACUUUUCUCAGAAGCUCUAGCCUGGUGGUUCUUCAGAUGUUGGUUGGACCUGUGGCCUGUGUGGGGAAUAUAGGAAGCUGCUCUGUAUAUCUUCAGGAAAACGUC